AUGUACUUUGUCUUGGCUGCCAAGAAACAACUAAUGCAGUCCGCCACCGACGAAUUCUUCUACCAUUCUAACAUUCCACCGGAGCCAGCUCCAAUUCCAGCUCAAACUCUGGAAAUCAACGGACACAAAUAUGUCCUCAAUCAGAGAUUCAAAAGCAUCAAGAUUGUCUCCCAUCGGUACUCGCCAGUUAUUCCGAUGUCGGUCGACGAACAAGCGGUACCCCCGGAAAUUACGCCUUCAAUGGCAGCCAACAUUCCACAAUUGGUUCAUGACCAACUCGCUUCGCAAUUCUUGCCGGCUUCAAAAAAUCUCGGGCAAGCUGGCAUGCAUCUUUUGAAAACUUAUUACAUGUUCCAAGAAGCCAUGUCUCAAUAUUGUGAUGCCACUCACAAGCUUAUCAUGUCUGCAGACACCGCUGGACACAAAUCCAAGCAAGAGGCUCGCGAGCUGUCGAAGGUUUUCAAACAAUUUGUGCUUGGAGUCACUGCUCAUCAAAAAGUUAUCACGGAGUUUGAGGCAUUGGCACACAAGGUCCAUGACUACAGUAAUAAGGAGAAAGAGAAAUUGAAGGCAGAGUACUCAGAGUACAAAGCAAAGGAAAAGAAGCUAAUGAAAAGAAAAAAUGGAGAAACCGAAGCGGAUAUUACCGCGUUCCACAGAAAAGAAGCAGCAAGUUGGGCGAAACAACAAGAAUUGAGAUACAAAUUCUUCAAUGAUAAACUCCAUUCUUGGAUUAAUGGAUACGUCGAGAUUGGAAAGUUGUUCCAAGCCGAGGGUCUUCUUGCUGAUCCAGUUGUGGGUGGUGUUGUGGCUGGAGCUGCGGUUGUUGCUCAGCCGGAGCAGUCGGAGCACCACAAGGAGCACAAUCAUGAUUGGCACCACGAGAUGCAUCAGGAGGCAGCGGUGGUAGUAGCGGAGGAGGCGAAAGAGAAGGCAGAAGAGAAAGUAGAUGAAGCUGUUGGAGACAGUAGAUCCAACUCCACGUCUUCGGUUGCCACUACAUUGGAGGAGUUGCCACGUAGAGAUACGGUAGAUGCCACCGGAGUGACACUGGUCAGCAAUUACAAACGGCAGUCUAUUGAGAUUGAUCCAAUCCCACACCGCCCACAACCAGCUCCACAUCCAGUCUCCACUUACAUUGCCCCUGCGCCAGUGCCUCCACCAAAACCCACCGUUGAACAUCUCCAAUACGCUCCAAUUCCAGCACGUCACGACGAGCACCAAUACGCCCAUCUCCAUCAUCCUGUUGUCGCCGAGCAAGUGCCUCUUCAGCCUGUUAACAGUGCUCCAGGCGGUGGAAGACGUCCUGGAAGCAGUAUUCCAGGCGCUGUCAAUGUUUUUGGUUUAGCUUCGAAUGCUCAACCAAAAGUCAGCUAUACGCCAAUUCAAAAUGGCACGCCUUAUCAAGUUGUGACUAGUGAUUACAUUCGCGUCGGCAGAGUCGUCGAUAAUCCGGUGACCGAGGAACAAAUGAAUGCGAAAAAAUUCCACGUGGAUGCCAGCUACGUCCCCAUGGCGUCACCGUCUCACCAACCCCAACAUCAUCAGCAGCAUAGUCGUACAGAGACCAAUGAUAUCUCAGUUCCAUCAUACUUCAACCCAUCCCAGUAUGGAAGCAUUUUGAUUGUCAAUGACGAUUUCAACGCGUCGUCUGGAGAGCAAAUGACUGUGAAUCGUGGGGACAAGGUCAUCCUUCUCAAAUGCGGAUCUCGUGGAUGGGUGUUUGUUCGUGACUCGAUUUCCAAUCGAACCGGAUGGGUUCCAGAGCCGUAUGUCAAUCCUUAA